AAAGUUUGGAGCAUUCUUCCUGCGAACAAAGUUUCGUUCUGAUUGAUGUUAGUCAUAUAAGUUUACAUUUAUUUAUUUAUCCAGCUCAUAGUCACGUCUUGAGACGGCGUUGUAGUUUUCAUAAAAGGGGUAAUUAACAGUGAAUCUGCUGUAACUAAUAAGCACGAUUUGUGACUGUAUGAAUGACCGAAACAUGCCAAUGUAAAUCUUCUGAUUUCCGAGUCGAAGGGUGCAUGGAGCUGUGAGAGAAGCGACAGGGUUUACAACUUAAAAAAGGUAUAGGAGGCACUUCAUAUGUAUUAAAAGUUACACAUUCCACAGUUGAUACUAGUAGUGCCACAAGGAGUGUGGGAUUUCUCGUGUAUCAUAUCCUUGCUAUUGGAGCUCUACCAAUGGACGCCUCUAGCGGGAAGUUUGACACUCAAGGGAUAAAACGUGGACAAUCAGAGGUAUCUGAACCGGAGUCCCGUGGAUCAAAUGAAGCCUAUUGCCCCUCCCAGAUUCCAUUCAUUACUGGAUACCUUCACCGUGAUUCAAAACGUAAGCACACAACUGAAAAUAGGCCCACCUCCUCCGAUCGUGAGUUAAGUGGAACCAAAUUUAUGAGAACGUUAGUAGAAACACGCUCAAGAAAAGAGUCCCAGUUGGACGAGAAAUGUUUUGCACCGACAAAACGAUCAAAAGCGUCAUCCGAACCACCUGAAGAAAGAUGUUUGACAUCAAGUGGAGGCUUACUACCAUAUUCCUCGUGCCAUAUGCGAGGACGUUUUUCUGAGCCGAAUUACACAAACAUUCGUAUAAAUACAUUCACAUUCAGUGCUGAGACUUCAAGUGUGUUAAGCGAAUACAAUCAAUGUGACCAGAAGAAUCCUGUUACGCCACCUAACCCAAAUCAUAAUCCUUGCCUUUGCCAGGGUCUUUCCCAUUUCGAAACAGUAGAUAGCCCUACGUGUAAAUCACAUCCCGUUGUUACUCAAGAUUCAGGGUACAUCAGUUUGGCUGACACUGGCCAUUUUGUUUGUGGUUCUGGAUCUACACUGCUUGAUGACGUGUUUCUCGAAGAGAUGGGUAUAUUUCAGGACUCGAAUAAACUGUCAUGCGAACUUCACGUGAUAAAAAAUGCUAGCCAGAAAACAUCAGAGGUGUCAAAAGUUUAUUGGUCAAAUUCGAACAAUCUCAUUCGUGACGAGAAAUUUGAGAAAUACAUCACUGGAGAGGAUGAAAGUAGUCCCGAGGAACGACACAAUCUCGAUGUUCACAAGAAAUACAUCACUGGAGAGGACGAAAGUAGUCCCGAGGAACGACACAAUCUCGAUGUUCAGUACUCUAUAAUGGCCGAUGAGGAUGGAGAUAG